AUGAGUCACCUACUCUGGAAAUACUACUGGGAAGACGAUGUCGACCGCUUCCGCCGUCUCCUCGCCCCAGUAGGCGCAGCAGCAGGAGGGCCGAGCAGCUUCACCACCCCCGGCGGCGCGGCCUUUGGAACAUCGCCGCGCAGCGCCGGGGCGGGCGGAGGGGCCGGAGGUGGCGCCGGCGGUAGCAGGGCCGGCGGGCGCAAGAUAUCGGGCCACCACUUCGGGAAGCAGGGCGCCGGCGCCGGUGGCGCGCUGGGCAAGGCUGAGGUGAAUGCGCGGGACCGCGCCGGGCUGACGCUGCUCUUGCGCGCCGCCAGCUCGGCGGGCGGCCAUGCGCUCUCCUUUGUGCGCGCGCUGCUGGACCACCCUGCGGUCGACCUGUAUGCGCAGGACCCGGAGAGCGGGUGGAAUGCGCUGCAUCGGGCGUUGUACGCGGGAAAUGUCUCGGUGGCACGCCUCUUGCUGGAGAAGGAAAGGCGGGACCUGCUGACGAGCGUGAGCGGGAGUGGGAAGGUGGUUGUGGGGAGGCUGAUCAAGACCAAGGACCACGAAGGGAACAGCCCGUUCGACUUGUAUAAUUCGACGAUCGGGGAGAGGGCGCUGAACGUCCUCGACGACCUCGCGGCAGACUCGGACGAGGAGGGGUCCGUGAGCGAGGCGGAGGAGGCUGUUGUCGAUGCGAUGAACUCGGGCGAUCUCCAAGCUCUGAUCGACGGCGACGAGCUGUUCACUUUUGGAAGCAACAAGAACAUCUCGCUCGGCCUGGGUGAUCAGGAUGACCGCCAGUAUCCGGAGCGCGUCUAUUUGAAGCGCCCGGACCAUCUAGUCCAGCGAUUCUACGAGGAGUGGCUGGAGGAGUCCGGUGUCGAGGGCCCUAGCGGUCCGCAGAAGCUCGAGUCGAUUCCAGCUCUGGUGCACGGCCGGCCUCUGGACAUCCAUGAUGUCGUACUGUCCAAGUUACACAGCGCCGUACUCACCACGGAUCCUGUCUCCAACCUGUAUGUCUGUGGCGUAGGUCGUGGAGGAAGACUUGGUCUCGGCGAUGAGAACACGCGAUUCACAUUCACGCCUGUCCAGGGCGGUCUUGCAGACAGGAAGGUUGUCAAGGUCGCUCUGGGCCAGAACCACACUAUGGCUGUCACUGAUGGUGGCGAGCUGUGGACUUGGGGCUCCAACACGAGUUCUCAGUUGGGCUACGCACUGCCACCUCCGGCCAAGGCGGAUGAGGACCCCAUGAGCACGACACCGCGCAAGGUGUUUGGCACGCUCAAGAAUGAGGCCAUCAUCGGUGCUGCUGCCUCUGCGAUACACUCCGUCGCGCAUACAGAAACCUCGCUGUACUGCUGGGGCAAAAACGUUGGCCAGCUGGCCCUGAUGGAUGCUGAUUCGCGCUCGCUCGAGGUGCAGCAAACGCCAAGAAAGGUCGCCGCAUCUCUGUUCCCUUGUCCGAUCGUCAUGGUCAGCGCAAUCGACAAAGCUACGACGUGUCUCCUCGCCAAUCACACUGUCUGCGUCUUCACAGCUUUUGGCUACAACAUUGUCAAGUUCCCCGUCUCAGAUCCCAUGCCGAACCUGCGGUUGUCUGGCAGCUCGUUUCCGGCACGGUUCGACCCAGGACGCGGCCGCAUCAACUACAUAGCGUCUGGCGGAGAGACUAUCGCUGCGGUCGGUGGCAGAGGUGAUUUGUUCACUAUGCACUUGAACCACAACGCUGAUGCGAACACUUCGGCAACGUCGACGACGAACCCGUCCAAGAUCAAGGGUGCGGUCACCCAGCCGCAGUGCAUUUGGAACUCGAGGAAAGAUGGCGUCCGGUCUGUUGACGUCGGAGAGCACGGCUCCGUCAUCAUCAGCACACAAUCUGGCGCUGUCUGGAGACGAGUGAAGCGUGCCAAGGCCAAAGAUUCGCACGUCUCAGGCUCCAAAGACUUCAAGAGCAAGGACUACAAGUUUCAGCGUGUCCCUUAUAUCACCAAGGUCGUGACCGUCCGGAGCUCCGUCUUUGGCGCCUUCGCUGCGAUCCGCAGGGACGUGGGCGUGAUGAAGGAGCAGAUUACCAUCGAUGAUCAGACAUUGUGGGAUGAUGUUGCGCCACUUCUUCCUAUCGAGGACUUUGUCGCUAGCGAGCCUUCGAGCAAAGACCAGGACCAUCUGAAGUUUUGGGAUGCUGAUGUCCUGAGAGAAAAGUUGGGCUCCGUGGCUUACGAGGUGCUCAAGUCCCCGGACCUAGACAAAGAUUUGGAGCAAUUCCUGGUGGAUUGGCGAUACAGAAACGACGAACUCGGCACUGUUGUCUGCAGCUCCAUCGCCCCAGAGUUGCAGGUCCCAGUCCAUAGUUGGGUAUUGUCUGCAAGAAGCCCUGCCCUCAGAGCUGCACUGUUCGCCCACAGAAAGAAAAGUUCACGCGAACUGCCAGAGGCUGUCUCUGAUGUCCUUGCUAUUGACCAGGCAGACGGCAAGACCGUCAUCACGUUCAAGGGGCUGGAUCUGAUCAGUGUACUCAACUUGGUACUCUACAUGUACACGGACAGGGUCAUCCCUGCUUGGAACUACACGCGACAGGCACCUCCUUUGGCCUACCGUUAUCGUCAAAUCCGGACGGAGCUGAUGAAAAUAGCCCUGCGCCUGGACAUGCCUCAGCUUGAGUCUGCGGUUCGCUUGCAGAUUGAGCCCAAGAAAUCGAUGGAUCGGGACUUCGACCGCGCCUUCAAUGACCGCCGUUUCUUUGAGGACGGAGAUGCGAUCCUAGAGCUGGAUGGACGGGAGGUCAGCGUCCACAGUACAUUCCUCUGCCAGCGAUGCCCAUGGUUCGAGGGUCUCUUCAACGGUCGAUCCCGUGGCAUAUGGCUGGCUGGCCGGCGCGAGGCUGAGGAAUCGGAGAAGGUCAAACUUGAUCUAAGCCACAUGGAUCCUGCCGCCUUCCGUUAUGUCUUGCGACACCUUUACGCUGAUGUUGGCGCGGAUCUGUUCGACCACGUCGUGUCAGCUAGUUUCGAGGAUUUCUCCGACCUCGUUAUGGACGUCAUGAGUAUCGCCAACGAGCUGAUGCUCGACCGCCUGUCGCAGAUCUGCCAGCAGGUCAUUGGCCGCUUUGCCAAUUCGCGCAACAUCUCGCACCUGCUCAACGCCAUCAGCCCUUGCGCGGUGACCGAGUUCCGCGACGCCGGCCUCGAGUACAUCUGCCUGCAGAUGGAGACGAUGCUGGAGAACCACCUCCUAGACGAUCUCGACGAGGAUCUGCUCCUGGAGCUGGACGAAGUCGUGCGGGACAACCAGCUGGCGCAGAUGCCGUUUGCGAGGAGCGGCAGGGCAGAGGUCGAGCUGCUCGAGCGCUACCCCGAACUCGCGCAGGACAUUGACGAGGAGAGGCAGAUUCGUGUCAAGGAGCUCGCCUAUCGCGCACGGGAGAAGGACGACGACAGGAAGCUCUCAUCGUCGUUCAAGGCCAAGUUUGGCAGCCUAGACGAGUCCGCCCUGGCCGCGUCGCCCUCCUCGGACCGGGCGAGGAGAAAGUCCAAGGCCGGGCGCAAUGAGCCGUUUAGCCCAUCGCUGCGACCGAAGGCUUCGCAGGCCGACCUCAUGUUUGACAUGGACGAUGAGGUGUCCUCGGGCCUGAGCAGCCCUCUCGCCGGCAUGACGCCGAAGCUUACUCCGGCAGACGACCAGCAGGUGCCCGGCACGCCACUCGACCGCUUGGGCUCGCUACCAGAUGGCAAGGGGAAGAGCGUCCUGCAGUCUGCCGAGUCGCCGGCCUCCGUCUCCCCGCUCCUACGGCCCGUGCGGCCGACCAUGACGCCGUCCAAGCUCUCGGCGGAGGCAAGCCCCUCCGGCCGACUCGGCAACCCCUGGGGCCCGGCGCAUCUGCAGACCGAGAAGCUGGAUCUCAAGGAGAUCCUGUCGGAGUCCACGCCAAGCCGCUCCGCCCUGUCCGCUGGGCUCGCCUCGCAGAAGGCCAGGGACGCGGCGGCCGCGGCCAAGGCCACGCCGCCGUCAAAGAUGUCGCAGAAGGAGCGCAAGAAGCAACAGCAGCAGCAGGCGGCGCUGGCUGCCGAGGAGGCGGCCCACGCACAGAACAAACCGGCGUGGGAGACGACGACGACGCCCAAGUCUCGCCCGGGACCGUGGAAGGCCGUGUCCGUCCCGCGGGCCUCUCCGCUCAUCACCGUGUCUGACGAGGCGAAGCCAUCGGCCCGUGCCCCCAUUGGAGCGAAACCCCUCGUCGCAGCCGAGUCGUCCCCGUCGACGCGGUCCAUCCCGCGGCGCACGGCUUCUCCAGACACCCGCUUCGCAGGGCAAUCGCGGACGCCAAACGCGAAGAACACGCCCCCGCCUGCGUCUUCGUCGUCUUCCAAGCAGCAGCAGCGGCAGCAGCAGCCGCUCGUUCCGCACUCCAAGUCGUACAUGGAGCCCGCGCCCAAGGCGGAGCCCGUGCUGGGCGUCAGCAUGGCCGACAUCAUCGGCCAGCAGAAGCGCGAGCAGGAGAGCGUCCGCGAGGCCGUGGCCAAGCGCAGCCUGCACGAGAUCCAGCAGGAGCAGGCCUUCCAGGAGUGGUGGGACCAGGAGAGCCGGCGGACGCAGGAGGAGGAGGCGCGCCGGGCGGCGAUCGCGGCAGCUGCUGCGGCGGCGGCUGGCAAGGGAAACGCCGGCGGCGGGGCCGGGGGCGGAAACAACAAAGAGAAGAGCGGCGGGCGGGGUCGGAAGGGGAACCGCGGCGGUGGCAAGGCUCCUGCUGCUCGUGGAGGAGGAGGGGGGCCAGGCGGCGGAUCGAGGGGAGGCAGGGGAGGUGGUGCGCCUACGGAGCGCGGGAGGACGGGGAGAGGAAAGGGCGGUGCGGAGGGCGUCAGAUCGUCGUGA